GAAAGUCAGAGUUAAUGGACUUACCGGAUACGGAAGUUGUGAUAUUUUGUUAUAAGUUUUUGUAAGAAUCGGUUAUUGCGAGUCGAAGUCAAAAAUAAAAUUUAUCGGACAAAAUGCCGAAAGUCGUGUCCAGAAGCGUAGUUUGUACUGACACUAAAGAUCAAGAAGAAUAUCAAGGAGAGAAACCACUUUACAUUUAUUACUGUAUAUGUGGGCAAAUGUCGUUGAUUCUUGAUUGCCCCAUGGAGAAGUUGCCUCUGAGGAAACGAGAUGGUGCUAGAGUGAUAGAUGGUCAGAAACAUGCUCAUAAAAUCACAUGUGACCCAGACGAAAUUAUCUACUUGAGAAGACCUGAAGGUGUUGAAAAACAGUAUCGACAAAAAUGCAAACGAUGCGGUCUUUGUUUAUAUUACCAUCACCAGGGUAAAAGCAAUGUCAUGUUCAUAGUGGAAGAUGCGCUUAGAGAGGCUGGAGAAGGCGUCAAGACUGAUGUAUAUAGUCAGAUUUCUAAACCGAAGAAGGUCACAUUAACCAAACAUACCAAAAAUAUGGGCAAGUUUAGUUCUGUUACUGUAUCAACUGUUGAUGAAGAAGAAGAAGAAAUAGAAGCUAAAGAAAUUGCUGAUUCCUAUGCUGCCAAUGCUAAAGUUAUUGAGAAACAACUGUUAAGGAAAGGAAUGAGUAAAAAGAAAUUAAUGGAACAGGCAGAAGAAGAAGCUAAAAAGCGCCCCAAGGGAACACUCAUUGACAAAUAAAGGAAAUACAAGAAGAAAGUUUACUUGAGAAUUUUAAAACCUGAUCUCUCCUGGUGCAUCUCUGCUGUGAAGAAAGAGGAUAUGAAAGCAGUUUAAUUUGUUUAAAUUAUAUUCUUGUAAUUGAUUUAAAUUUUCUGACACUUUCAACUUCACAGUAUGGGGUACAAUACACUAACAAAGGGGCCAAAGUGCUGUAUAUAUGAACUCUAUCUGAAAACAUCAACCACUAUUUUAUGAUGACAUUUCUGUACAGAUUUUCAUUUCAUAUGUAUAUAUAGAUGUCCAACCCAUGCCAGCAUGGAAAACGGACAUUAAAUGAUGAUAUAUAUAUAUAUAUAUAUAUAUAUAAAAGACAGUGGAAUUGGACGAGACUAUAGAACAUUGGCUUGGAUGCAUUACCUUUUGGUGCUUCAUAUUUUAAAGUCCAGGUCCUACUGGGUUCAUCCUUUAUAUGUUUGAUAAGUACCAGUAAUAUACCAUGGACAUUAUGGAUUAUAUGAUUCCUUUACAAAAUACUGGUCUUGUACCUUGUCAAGAAAUCUAUGUUGCUGUUGAUAAAAUUUUAAGUACUUUUGUA